AUAUAGUUCAGUUCAUUCGUUGAUUGCGAUCGCGAUUUGUCUGGUGUCUGGGGUCUGUCAGUCAACUGCAGAUAGUAUUUUAUUGAUUUUAUCAAACUUAUAAUGGAGCCAAAUCCUGUAAUUAUUGCUGCUACAGCAAAACAAACUGCUUCGCUUAUAUUCUUACAUGGUCUGGGAGACACUGGCCAUGGUUGGGCGAGUACGAUUGCCGCUAUCAGAGGUCCGCACGUAAAGGUGAUUUGUCCAACCGCUUCUACUAUGCCUGUGACACUUAACGCCGGAUUUCGAAUGCCUUCAUGGUUUGACCUUCGAACUUUGGACGCUACAGCACCAGAAGAUGAAGAAGGUAUCCUGAAGGCAACAGAGCUUGUUCAUGGUUUGAUAGAGAAUGAAAUAAAGUCUGGCAUACCUGUGACCCGCAUACUGUUGGGUGGAUUUUCUCAAGGGGGAGCCCUAGCUCUGCAUGCAGCCUUGACCUAUCCGGACACUCUGGCUGGUGUCAUGUCUCUAUCUUGCUGGCUGCCUCGCCAUGCUCACUUCCCUGAUGCUGUUAAAGCUCCUACUAUUAUACCGGUAUUCCAAGCUCAUGGCGAUUGUGACCCUGUGGUUCCAUUCAAGUGGGGUCAGAUGACUGCUUCAUUCCUGAAAACUUUCUUGAAGAACAUUGAAUUUAACACAUAUCAAGGCCUUACGCACAGCUCCUCUGAAGAGGAACUGAAAGAUAUGAAAGUAUUCAUAGAAAGAAUGUUGCCUCCCACAUUAUAAAUUAUUAAGAAAAGUUAACUCUUUUUAGUAUGUACUUAUGUAAUGUAUUUAUUUUAAGAAGGUUAUGAAUUCUUCCUGCAAAUUAUUUUAAAUAAAUUAAAAAAAUAUAAACGAAA